CGGCCGCCCCCAUGGCUACCAAAAUCGACAAGGAGGCGUGCAGGGAGGCGUACAACCUCGUCAGGGACGAUGCCACCGAGGUGAACUGGGUGACUUUUAAAUACAAUGGCUCCACAAUCGUCCCUGGCGACCAAGGGGUAGACUAUGAAACCUUUAAAAGGAAGUGCACAGAUGAUGUUCGAUUAUUUGGCUUUGUCCGAUUCACCACCGGCGAUGCCAUGAGCAAAAGAGUCAAGUUUGCCCUCAUCACUUGGAUUGGAGAGGAUGUCAGUGGCCUGCAGAGAGCCAAAACUGGGACCGACAAGACUCUGGUCAAAGAAGUAGUACAGAACUUUGCCAAAGAAUUUGUGAUCAGUGACCACAAAGAGCUGGAUGAGGACUACAUCAAGAAUGAGCUGAAGAAAGCAGGGGGGGCUAAUUACGAUGCACAGACUGAGUAACCGCACGAACCUCCUGGCACCAUCACUUGGAUCUCAAAGGGAGGGGAAAGGCACAGCAAACUAACACAACUGAGAGAUGAGGCAACUGAAAUCCCCAGCUUUCUGUGUGUGCACCUGAGAACUCCCUUUCUUUGCAUACAGCGGACUUUUAUUUUCCAUCCCAUCUCAUGAAACAUCCCUCUCUGGGGUUCUGUUCCCCCCCCCCCCCCCCCAUUUUUUUACUCAUAACUCUGUCCAUGUUCUUGCAUCUGCAGCCUUUAGGUUUGGCUCUGCUUUGGUCCUGUUCAGCACUGUGUUCGUAGAGGCUUGCCAUCGUGUCCUUCUUCCUAUGUGUGCAUGUCUGUGUGUGUUUUAGUUGGGCUCAACCUGGUCUCUGAGGGGAGAAAGUUUUCAGGGAGUUCUGAACAUUCAUUAUUUUAGUAUUUUUU